GGAUGUGCACAGAAAUUUCGUUAUUUUACACGUUUUCAAAAUGACUUUGUCAUAUUUCCUACUUUAUUUGUUUUUAAUUACUUUAUUGUUUGUGGUUUUGUCAAGAUUCAGUGCCAUCUUAGUGUCUAAAGUUCUGAGCAAGGUUUUGAAGAAGAGUAUUUCCAUUGAGUACUUUGGUUUCUUCUCACUGAAGAGUAUCGCUAUCCAGCUUCCAAAGAGCAGCAUUGAGAUUGACUGUAUUUGGAUAUCAUGGAGGUUAUUCAAUUCCCAGCAACUACACCCUAUGGCUUUGCACAUAGGGGAUGUGAGAGUGAGAGCCGAGCUGAGUCAAGAGGAGGAUGAUCUACCUCCCAUGAGGCCACCGUCCCACCCUGGCCCAACCCAGCCUAGAUCAGGAAUAUCCAAAUUCAUCUCAAGUAGCCUCCCUUCAUUGCUGCAAUAUGGAGCCCAGUUAACAUCCUUUCAUAUAGAAGCUGUCAACGUGAUGUUAUUGGGAGCUAUGGGCACAGACUCGCUCCUACAUGUUACAGUCAAUGAUACAUCACUAAUAGGACAGGCAGCAAAUGAAAGACUUGUUUCGGCACACUUCUCAUCUAAACAACUCUCCCUACGGAUGCUACGCAGCGCAAAGCCAAAUGCUGGAGAUCAAUCACAUGUUGCUCAGGCUUCUGUGAGCAUCAAGGUCUCAACCCAGAUUGAUCUGGUAGCAAGAGUCCUGACAACACUGUUCAUUGAAGUUGGUAGUCCAAAUAUCACAAUCUAUGAUGGUUUCUUGCCUACUGCACUGACUAGAGUGUCUAAAGCUGCACCUGUUGUGAUUCCAGUCCAAGAGGAAUUUGUUGAUGCACCCAGCACAAUCAUGCCAGAAAAUCCACUCACUCAGAAGCUCAAAAUCAUUACCAGAAAGUUUCCAGAGGAAGCUUGUUUAGACAUCAAGGAAGCCUCUUGGCAGAUAGUGCUACAAGGGGGUCAAAGGUCUUUGCAGUUCAACACCAAGAGUGUAAUCUUGACUAGUCAGCUAGCCAGUCGAGAUGGUAUCGUAUGUUCACAGAACGGUGAUCUGGUACUACCCCCUAUCACCUGUCAUCUCACUUGCUCACAUGUGGAUAUAAUGAAUGCCAAUUCCACCAAACUGCUGAGAGUAACAAGCCUAAAAACAUACCUACUGGUCAAUGAGAGAUGCGUACAGGUUGGUGUUGAGUUACAGCGCGGACAUUCCUUGUACGAUGAAGACGAGAUCUUAUUCUGGGCCGGCUGGAUCAUGGAAACCAUCGCAUUGCGCAAGCCGCGCUCCACAUCCACAGGGUCAACUGGGUCGUCAUCUUCAUCAAGAUCAUCAUCACCCCCGUCGUCGAGGUCAUCGUCACCGCCACCACCUAGGAAACUGUCACCGACUCCGUUGCUGUCUUCCCCACAACAACUAAAUAGCAGUCUGUCAAGAUCUGAUUGGGAGUCAUGGCAACACUUCUGCCUGCCUGUUGACCUUGACCUGAACCUGUCUGACCUCUCGUGUCAGGUCAGCUGUCAAGAGGUGCCUCAGUGUGCCGUGAGAUUAGCCACGCUCCAUGGAAGCUGGAGCGUUACAUCGGAUGCCGGCAAGUCGGUCCAGAAGCCAUUCGCUUACAUAAGAGGGAGUAUGCAUAGUGAACAGCUGUAUCUGCUGGUGGGUGAGUCAGUGCGCACCCCCUCUGGAGCAAUGCUUCCAACAAGACAUGUCUGGGGAACUGUGUGUGCAAUAGAAGCCCUUGAUGCUAAGAUGGACCUAUCCCAGCUCCUGGUGGACGUGGAGUGCUCAGUGCACUCCCUCCAGCUUGAGAGCUCCCCGUCCCUCCAUCUCAUCAUCCAGCAUGUCCUGAAGACCAUGGUGGACCUGAGGGGGGCAUCGCUGCACCCCUCCAGUAAUCAUCGGAGGAAGGUCAAGGUUGAUCCUACCAUGGGCAGGUCUGGUAGGAAGCAUAGGUUUGCUCUCAGGUUGGAUGACUUCAAUGCAUUUUUCACCAGCUCCAUCAAAGAGAGUCUAUUGGUACACAUGGACGUGAUUGAGAUGACUUCAGGUACUACAGAAUCAAUGUCAGCGGUAGAUGGUCUCAAGUUCCUCAUCAUCAAGAAGGAGACAAAAGUUCUCAACUGUCAAAAGUAUGCCAAGUUACCUGAGGGUUUGUUGCAAGUCAAGGAAGUCUCAACACAGUAUGCAGCAGCUGAAAAGAACAUGACGGUGCAGCUUCCUGAAGGGAUCAAGGCAUCAUGGGAUACAUCAAGUCACAUGACCGUCUACCAUCACGUCAAAGAGUUGCAAGCGUUUGCAAAUGAACUCAAAGGGACCUUGCAAGGUGCGGGAGACAGCGGAGCAUGUAGCUCAGAGUCCACGACAUCAACGACCUCCCCAUCUCCCUCAUCCCCAGGUAUCAACGCUGUGAUGAAAGUCAGACUGGUUGAGUUUCACUACAAGCUUUCCUCCAAGCACAAAAAUUUUGUGCAAGCCAAGGAGCUGUAUCUAGUGAAAGAGGGCUCCAAGGUUCUGAAGGUCACAUCCACAGAGGUCAUUCUUGGUUUUGAUGACUAUCAUCUCUUUGUUGUCAAGGCUGCCUGUAUAGAGAAGCUUGUAGACCACCCACAGCUACUUGAAGACAGAAUGAGCUUCAGCCAUCUACAAUCAACAACCAACAGAGCAUGGGGUAUCUUCAUGAGAUCUCUUGAGAUUGAGUUUCCCGAUCAGUAUGACUUUGCAGACAACUACACUGAGAUCAUCAACAUCCGGAAGUGGUUGAAGUUAUUACAUCCUAAGAAGCGUGUUGGUGAGGAGAAGCUCUAUGCUGACAUCCUUAUUAGGGCACAGGUAAUCAAGAUCCAGAUGAAUGAUGAUCCGUUCGAGGUGAAGAUUGGAGAUAACUAUGAGCUGAUAAAAGAUGAGCGAGCCGAGAGUGAACAUAGGAGAGAACUCCUGGACAACAAGGUGGAAGGACUCAAAAGGAAUCAUGGCCAGUUUCUACCAGCCAAGAAGAUUGAGGAGCUGUACAUCUCCCUGGAGAAGAAGAACAUUGAGAUCUUCUUGAAGCGAUCUCAGAGGCUGUACGCGUCCACUCCACGAAGGAAGGUUCUGAUGACCUUGACCUUGACAGGAGUAGAGAUUAGCGCCCUCGCAGACGAGUCUAUGAACGGCAGAGAGAGCAUCCUACGACACAUGAAAGAGAUAGAUGGGGCAAGUCCACCACCCUCAGAGGAUACAGAGUUCAGUACAUUGUGGUGUCGAAUGGUUAGAGGCCAUGUCAAGCAGUUCUCUCUGAAGCUCAGAGAUUAUCCCUUGAACAUGUGGCAGAUUGGUGACUGGCACUGGUGGGGCAAGCUGGUUGGAGCUGAACAGACUGGGCCACCAAGAGCUAAGCGCGAAGGUCUGGUUAAGAUAAGUGAACCCUGGCAGGAUGUGAAGGUCACUCGCAGUAUGCCACCACUCAAGUUCUUCCAUGAUAUGACUACAGAUGCGACUGAGAUGAGCAUGGCAUAUGGUCCCAGCAUGGAGCCAGCCUGGGGUCAGGUCAACCUAGCCAUGAACCUACUCAACCGACCCUCCGUUGACCCCAGCAAGCCCCUCCCCUUCUGGGACAAGGUCCGCCUCCUCUUCCAUGGUCGGCUUACCAUCUCGCUGGAGCAAUGCAACAUGAUGUGGCUUACAACCAAAGAUCCCUACAACACCACCGAGCAACUCGACUGGGAGUGGAGCGAUAUCUAUCUGGAUUGGACCAAUGCCCAUUUCUUAAUCAAGGGUAACCUGGACAUCUUUGUAAGGACUGCAUCCAAGUAUGAUGAUGUCAGACUCAUCCACUUGCCCAAGUUCAGAUGGGACAUCGGCAUUGAAUGGUUAACUAAUGGAGACUGUAACGAUCAUCACAGCAUCAUGCCAUGUGCGCCAGACAAGGUCCCAGCUCAUUCCAUCACUCAGGUUCAUGACUCGUAUGGGGCUUUCAGGUCGCAGAAUCUUAACCUCAGGAUGUCCUUGGAACUCAAAGGGCCUAAGGAUGGUGAGGAAGAAGACCCUCCAGCCUGCCUGUUCUACAGUAGUACCAUGAGAUGGCUUCAGAACUUUCAGUCCUGCACCCUUGGUAAUGUUACAAGACCAACCAGGAGAGGGAGACUCUUCAACAACACAGUAACAAAGAAGGUUCCGCUCAGUAGACACUUCAAACUGGUAGACUUCCAAGCCAAGUUUCCAGCUUUACGAUUGAAUUACUGGGCCUCCUUCGCCCAGCAGAGGGGUAUAGAGGUGUGUCUAGGAGAGGGGAUGUUCCAUUCUCAGAAUGGUCUUCGUCUCAUACAGAACAAUGAUGACCUCAUCCUUAGACCCAUAGCUGACUGGAGCUUUGUUGAGCUAGACUAUGAAGUAGGAGAGAGCCAUGUCUAUCUCUACACAUCCAAUGCAGAUGAAGUCAAGUGUCACAUGAUCAUCAAGCCCCCAGCUGAGAAGCACCAUCUUGCCAGCGUGACCAAAGUUAGCUACUGUCGCCAGAAGUGCAAGAACUUGGAGCCGACACCAGAGAAUCUUUCUGAUUCUGAAGAGGAGGAAGAAGAAGUAAAGGAUGCUAAGAGAAUGAACACAGAGAAUGAAGAAAGGGAUUUCAUUCACAAGCUGGUUGUGUAUGAGUUCAGAGGUUCAUGGACAAGGUUCAACCGAGAUGUAGUCUUUGGUCUCUACGACUCCUACAGCAAAGCACAGACUCUGAAGCAGAAUCUGUCCACAGAGGCCCUGAAGGGUGUAAAGAUGGACAGCAGUGCUCAAGCACGUCGACAGACUGGUGGUCUACAGAGUGGUCCUGGUACCCCAUCCUCGGCCGGUUCCAGCUCCGCAGGGGUGGCUGGACACACCCCUAGCCCUAUGUCUAAGAUGCAGGCGGGCCAUGGGGCUAGCAUGCUACAACAGCUCCUGGCUGAGGCCAACACCAAAUUCAUGGUCUUCACUGAAGAGACAUCGGGAAGUACCGAGCAACUCUCAGGGGUGCUAGCUUGCAACAAGGAUGAUGUCAUGACCAACAAUUGGCUUGUGGAGCUAAUCAACAGCCAGGUGAUGUUGCGAGGGUCAGCCAGCUCUGGCUAUGUACUGGUAUGUGCAGCCAAUGCUCAGGUCAUGCAGAGAGCUCAUUGGCCAAAGUGGAUGGACAGUAAACUGACCAGUAAGACUACAGUGGUAGGCACGUUGGAUAGGAUGCAGUACUUUGCAACGGUUGGUUACCCUGCUUCUAGAGCGGGCCCAGCCAAUCACCAAGAAGAGCAUGUCAAAUGGCUUGCCAUCUCCAACAUCGAGAAGAACCCCAACCACAAUCGCAGCGUGACCGACGUCCCUGACCUGGUGGGGAGUGGGGACUCCGUGGGUGGGGUCGUUAGCGACACGGUAGGCGGGGCUUCAGAGGACGUGGAGAACGAUACGGUGCAGCUCCAGCGAAUCAUCUCCCGGUGUUCAUGCCGCUUCUACUAUAACAUGUACGGGAGGGAUGUGGAUCCUGACGUUGCAGCGCAGGUGCUUGCCAGAGGAGAUGUGGACAAGGGAGAUGGAGACGAUGAUGGUGACCCACUUGGUAAAGAGGAGUCCAUCAAUUCCAUCACGGUGGUCCAUCAUGACCUAGAUAUCUGCACUAACUCCGCCCAGUACUCCAUGAUCAUGGACAUCAUCAACAACCUACUGCUCUAUGUGGAACCAAAGAGAAAGGAGGCCAUGGCUAGGAUGCAGCACAUGAGGUUUGCCUUACAACUCAACAACACUGAAGAUCAAAAAGAACCCAUCAUGCAGCUACAGAACUCUCUCAGGAAUUAUAUCUCGCACAAUCGACGGAUCGAGAGAGAUCUGUACAAUGCUCAUCGCUCUUUGGAAGACUCGGGCAAUGAACAACCACUUGUAAGGAAGGUAUCUGAGUUAGAGAAGCAGCUGUAUGAAUCCAAAGAAUCUCUCCUGAAUGCUGCAGAAGAUCUGCGGAUCAUGGUCAGUUGUUACAAGGAGAUCCAGCUACAGACAGCACUGAAGAAGAAACUGCAUCAAGCUGAUAGUGUGCGUGUUGCUUGGAGAGCUGAGGUAUGUUUCAGCCUGGCCAAGUGGAGACUGACAGAAGCUGAUGGACAGCUUGGUAUUGCUGAUCUAGAACUCAGACAUUUCAAGUAUUGUAGGAAUAUAAAGUCUGAUGAUUCUACAGAGAACCUGAUGGAACUAGCCUAUGUGACAAUCACAAACCUCCUUCCCAAUGAUGUCUAUAAGGAGGUUCUAAGACCCCAGGACACCAGUGGCAGAUCAGCACAGGUCGCUCUCAGGGUUAUCGCUCGAGGAAAGCCACCAGUUGGUGGGAUAUCAGUACAGGACAACUUUGAGGUCCAUGUAGUACCGUUGACCAUCCAGCUGACCAAUCGUUUCUUUAAGAAGGUCAUGGCUUUCUUCUUCCCUGGACGAUCGGUCGAUCAUGAAGGUCCUGUGUCUGCCUCGGCUAUCAGUGAUGAUACGCUCAAAAGGAUGGAUUCUGAUGAGAAUGACCCAGGCACCUUCACAAGGAGUGGUAGCUUGAGAUCAACAAGCAGUGAUGAAUCAAGCAUCGGUGGAACUCUUCCAAGAGAUGUCACACCAGCAAAGCCAAAGAGAAAGCAGCUACUGGCAAAACUCAAGAAAACAGAUGACAUUGACAAGAUGAAGGAAAGAGCAUUGAACAAUAUGUUUGUCUAUAUCAAGAUUCCUGCUGUGCCCCUGCUAGUCAGCUACAAGGGUGAGAAGGAUAAGAACCUGGAGGACGUGCAUAACUUUCAUCUCCUGCUGCCAUCGUUAGAGUACCACAACAAGACCUGGACCUGGCUAGACUUUCUUAUGGGCAUGAAGAAAGAAUACAAGAAUGCUCUAGUAUCACAGGCAAUCAAGGAGAAGCUUUGGUUCAAAUCAGGCAAAGAUGAUGCUGGACCGGUCCCUAUUGAUGCAAGGGAAGAUGUCGAUAAAGCUAGAUUGCUGAUGGGACAGAAAGCCACAAACAUUGCCACUGAGGAGAAGCAUUCUGGCAAGAGAAUUCUCUUUGGGAAAGGUCAAUCAGGUCACUGACCUACAAGCCACACUGCACUGUAGACGGGACACUACCUUGCAUUGCUGUAGGUCCUCAGUUCAAGCCUCCAGUGUCUCGUCAUAUGCUGUAACUCCAGAUUUUAUGCCAGGGAUGUGACAGUGUGUGCAAGUCUUAUACAGCUGUACCUCCGUAGCUAUUAUCAGAUUGAGACUUUAAUGAAGUGUUCCACCAAAUUACUUGCAGUUUAUCUUGUCUUCAAGUAAGCUAAAUUUAGUGAAUUGACCUUGCAUUAUCCUAAUGGAAUAGUUUGGGAGAGAGAUACUUUUGCAGGCGCAAGUAUAUAUUGAAGCUGGUUGAGCUAUAUAAGCAUCAACAUAUUAAUUUCUCUGGUUAGUAUCUUUUGUUUUGAAGAGUAACCCUUGAUUUUUUUCUCUGAAUCCCCUCAAUCUUGGUAUGAGCACUGAGUGUGUGUUCCAAGGCAAGUAGCUAGUGCUCAAACCUCUCUGUUGUCGUCGUUACAGGGCUCUCUUUCUUGCAACUUUAUAAUUGUGAUAUGUACCGUUUAGACAUUACAUUGUGUUCUCACCUACUCUCAAGCUAACUACAUUAAAG